CAACACAAAUGAGGUCAUGGAUUCACCACCAGGCAAAGAUCUCCAACAACUUGUCGGCUCAGAAUGAACCCGGUCUGCAGGGGGGAAGAGAAAACCCCCCCAACCCCUGAAUGUGAUGGCUGUGAAUGCUAGGAAGAGACAAACAGAGUCUGGUGUGGACACAUUCAGGGAGCUUUGAAAGAAGCAGAGCCAACCCAACCCCAUUUGAGAGCUGAAGUUUUGUUACAUGGUUUCAGCACCGCACAGAGCUGGGAUUUACUCCACCCACCAAUCUGGGGGCUAAAGCAAGCCGCUGAGAACCAUUAAGCAGUGACUAAAACUCCCUGGCAGCUACUAACCCCUUUCACUUCUCAGUUACAGAAAUGCCUUGGAAGCCCAAUGCCGUCCUCUUCACCGUUUUCAUGCUCUACAGCUCGUCCCAGGUGGUAGGUUUAGGAGAAAAGCAGGAUGAUGAUGAGUGUGCUGACCUCAACAACACCACACUGCGGGAGUAUCGACAGCGGAGUGUCAAACUGCAGGUCCAGUACCUGCUGAUGACCAGGAAGAACAUGGACUGUCCACAAAGGUUCGACCAGGCGGCUCUCACCGCGCCCACGUGUCUGUUCAACAUCUCCCGCUCAACAAAGGUCAUAAUCCACGGGUACAGGGCCCUGGGAAGUAAACCGUCCUGGGUGAAGGAUCUGGCCCAGGCCCUGCUCCGGGCUCAGGAUGUCAACGUGCUGGUGGUGGACUGGGUUUACGGCGCCUCCUUUGCCUACAACCUGGUCGUGGAAAGUUACAAGGAAGUGGCCCUGCAGAUCUCAGUCCUGAUCAACCAGCUGCAGAAACAUGGGUGCGAUCUAGAGACUUUCCAUUUCAUCGGGGUCAGUCUUGGAGCACACGUUGCCGGUUUCGUGGGGACUUUAUUUGAAGGAAACAUCGGAAGAAUCACAGGUCUGGAUCCUGCUGGUCCAAUGUUUAAAGGAGCUGACACUUACGACCGCCUGGACCCCUCUGACGCUCAGUUUGUGGAUGUCAUCCACACAGACUCUGACUAUUUUGGCAUCUCCAUCCCAGUCGGCCAUGUGGACUUCUUCCUGAACGGAGGGAAGGACCAGGCUGGAUGUGCCCGCUCUAGAUUUGCUUCAAUUCUUGUCUACUUCCCAGUGUACGGUUAUGUGAUUUGCGACCACAUGAGGGCGGUGCACGUCUACAUGAGCGCGCUGAAUGGUUCCUGCCAGUUAACUGGGAUCCCCUGCUCCUCCUAUGAAGACUUCCUGAGGGGAAACUGCCUGGACUGUGACGUCUUCAAGGGCAAAUGUCCAGUUUUGGGUUUAUCAGAGAACAGUGGGAUAACCAUAUCACCCCUUCCAAAAGAGCAGAAAGUAUUCCUCCGCACAACUUCUUCAGCACCUUUUUGUGCUCAUCACAUCCUGCUGCAGCUGGAAGUUUCGUCCCUGGAUAAGAGCGCUGAGCUGGAAGUGACGCUGAUGACUGAGAACCUGGGAACGGAGCAGCGACUCAGGCUUCAGACCGACACAACGGUGUACAGGACAGUGUUCGCUCAUCGCUCCCCUCUCUGCAAAAUUGAUUCCAUCAGAAUUAAAAACACUGGAGCUCGCUUCUACAGACAGGGAGAAGUCCACAUCAAGUCUGUUUGUGUUUCAGACAUUCCCUCCGUCAGGUAUGAGGAGCCGUUGUGUGUGAACAACAUCAACGUCCGACGAGGAGCUCCGUGGUCACAUGACUUUGUGCAAGUGUGCAUGAACCUUUGACUGGAAUGAUCUCAAAAGACAUUAAAAAUAAAAUAAAGCAUUUACAGCCCACAAAGACACUCUCCUGGAGGAAUUUUCACCUAAUGUUAAAUACAGAAGAUAAAAGUUAUGUUAUAGCUGACAGAAAUUAUUUUUUAUUAUUAUCAUUAUUCUUUAAAGCAGGGGUUUUCAAUUCCGGUCCUCGGGCCUCCCUGCCCUGCAUGUUUUAGAUGUUUCCCUGCUUCAGCACACCGUGAUACAAAUGGCUGUGUCAUCAACAGAAUUGUGCAGGCCUUGAUGACAAGCUAAUUAGGACCAUUAAUUAGUAUCAGGUGUGAUGAUG